AUGGAGGUUUUAAUUCUCGCAAAGGCCCUCGUUUUCUUUACCAUACUGUCAGUAAGACAUGCGACAGCUGAGCCUGGAGACACACCAGAAGUUAAAGAGGAGCUCAUCAAGUUCAAGAAUGAACUCCGUAAAAACUCGUUACAUGCAAGGGAGAAUAUGACGAGACGGAAAAUGUUGAUAGAGAUACUUGAUCUCAUGAUUGAGUGGCUCAACGAAUUGGCCUUUUCCACCAGAAAGUCCCUUGAGAAGAAAAGCGCACAAUUUACUGAACUUAACAAGAACAUUACUACAUCACUAAGGGUAGUAUAUGCUAAAGUUAAACAAAUACAUACUGAAUCAGAUUCCCUGAUCCUAGAAAUUGACGAAUUUUUGAAGAAUGGAGGCAAUGAAGACGCUCUCUCAUCCAUAAGAUACAAGGCCAGAAAUUUGCUUUCACGUGACAAAGCCCCUCUGGAAGAACUCAGGAAAUCGUACAACGAGCUUCUCACCAAAGUUAGAAAGUUUGCGGUCUAUGCAAUAAAUCGAGGCUUUAGACUCCCGGAAUUUGGCCAAAAUUACGAUUUUGACCUCUCCCCAAUGGGUCCAUAUAAUGAAAAUGAGCACAACCAUUAUGUUAUGAGCCUGGGUGCAACCAUAGGAGAAAUAUUCUUGGUCUUUGUCUACUGUAAAAACUUACCACCAAUCUCAAAGGAACAAAUGAUGGCGAGUUGUGAUACCCUAAUAAACCUUUCCAGGGAACUUAUGAGGGAUGCAAAUUACAAGAAAACGUUUGCAACAGGGAUUUUGGAAGAGGUUAAGGCUCUCGAAGAACAUAUAAAGGCUAUAGAAGGUAGAUCCAACAACUUGAAAGAUACGAUUUACAUGAAUAGAUUCCAUGAAGAAAAAAAGGAGCUUAUCAAGGAAAAAAACAUGAUGGACGAACUCUAUCGUUCAAUUUCUCCAGAUUUCCCAACUGUUAAAAUCGCUCUAGGAGAAGUUAUUUUGGAAUUGGAUAAACUUGCUACGACAGAUGGUGCUAAUAAUCCCUUGCACAUUUCCGCCAUAAGAAAUAUCCUAAAGGUCAUUAAAACUAUUGAGAGUAUUAUCAAGAACAUUUAUUUGACUUGCUCUAAGCUAUCAGAAAGUUAUAAUUCUGCAAAAGUGCAUUUUUCUACCGCUAAAUCCUGUUUAACUGAAUCACAAAAGGAUUUGGAAGAAGACGGAAUGCAAACUUAUGGGCUCAAGCCAAUUGCCAUAGUCCUCGUUUUGCUGGCUAUAAAAGUGUAA